AGGACUUUGCUGCACAGUACUUUGUGUUUAAAACAUUUAGGACUUGUGCAGGGGAAUUAGAUGUUCGUGCGGGGGAAGAAGGUGUUCGUGCAGGGGAAGAAGGUGUUCGUGCAGGGGAAGAAGGUGAACUUGUGUUACUUUCUAGUGUAACACUUUUGUAUAAUCUAAAGCAGU